AUGUGGAAUGAAGGUUCAGGAUUCUUUACCAAUUUUCUUAUUGUAGCUUGGUAUGUGCCAUGUCUAGCUUCACUUGAGACCCUCCAAGAAUUAUGUAGGAAGGAAAAUCUCAGAUGUAAAUCCAUUGGAAUCACCAACAGGAAUCUAAAGAGUUAUGAGGUGGAAUAUUUGUGUGACUACAAGGUAGACGAGGGCACAGAAUACUAUCUUGUCAAAUGGAAAGGAUGGCCAGAAUCUUCAAAUACUUGGGAACCUUUGAAAAAUCUGAAAUGCCCAUUGCUUCUUCAAAACUUUCUCAGUGACAAGAAUGAAUAUUUAUCUCGAGUAAAAGAAGGCAAAGCACUGAAAGUGAAAAACCAUGUUAAAGCUUUGAAACCUGCAGUUGCAGAUUACAUUGUAAAGAAGGCUAAGCAAAGAAUAGCUCUGCAGAGAUGGAAAGAAGAACUCAACAGGAAAAAGAAUCAUAAAGGAAUGAUUCUUGUGGAGAACACUGUGGAUCUUGAAGGCCCCCCUUUAGACUUCUACUACAUUAACGAGUAUAAACCUGCUCCGGGAAUAAAUGUAAUAAAUGGAAUAACAACUGGCUGUGAAUGCUCAGACUGCCCUGCUGAGAAAUGCUGUCCAAAAGAGGCUGGAUUUCUUUUGGCUUACAAUAAACGAAAGAAGUUGAAAAUCCAGCCCGGCUUGCCAAUUUAUGAAUGCAAUUCAUAUUGUAGGUGUGGUCCUGACUGCCCUAAUAGGAUAGUACAGAAAGGUACACCAUAUUCUCUCUGCAUCUUCAGAACUAACAAUGGCCGUGGUUGGGGAGUCAAAACUCUCCAGAAAAUUAAAACCAACAGUUUUGUGAUGGAGUAUGUUGGAGAGGUGAUUACAAGUGAGGAAGCAGAGAGACGAGGCCAGCUUUAUGACAACCAGGGAAAUACAUACUUGUUUGAUUUGGACUAUGACUCAGAUGAAUUUACAGUAGAUGCAGCUCGAUAUGGGAAUGUGUCCCACUUUGUGAAUCACAGUUGUGAUCCAAAUCUUCAGGUGUUCAAUGUGUUUAUUGAUAACCUUGAUCUGCGUCUUCCUCGAAUAGCACUGUUUUCUACAAGAACCAUCAAAGCUGGAGAAGAGCUAACCUUUGAUUAUCAGAUGAAGGGUUCAAUAGAUCUGACUUCAGACUCCACUGAUGGUCUUAGCCCCUCGAGAAAGAGGAUCAGAACUGUCUGUAAAUGCGGAGCGGUGUGUUGCAGAGGCUAUCUCAACUGAGUGCUGGUAUCCAAAGUCACAAAUAUGUUGUUCUCUUUUAAAUGGAUUUUAAGAAGACUGUUCUCUCGCACGUCCUUUAGAGUAUUUUUACAUCUAAUGCAAACGAGUACAAUGAAAACAAGGCAUUACAUUUGUAUUUGAAAUGGCAUUGGCCAAAGAAAGCUAGUGUUACAGGCAAAUACGAAACUGAGAACAUGAAUUACAAGCUGAUUUUUCUAGCACGGUUAUUAAGGAAGCAGUAAAACGUAUGCUAAGAGAACUCUUUAAGAUGUAUCUUGAUUGCAAUAUUGAGUGUGAGCUUACAGCCCUAGGCCUCUUAGGAGCUGAUUUCAAUGGGAUGAAGGGAUGUUACAUGCUUUGUAUACCUUGAAAAGACAAGACUGAAGGCAUUGUAUUCAAGUCCUAAAUCAUAGCCAACAGUCCUCUUGCCUUUUUUUUUUUUUUUUUUUUUUGCUGUUUUAAUGAAAAGCUUCAAGGAUUAGCAAUAACAGUUAUGGCACCGUGGUAAAGGAUUAAGGACAGCCGUCAGACUUUGUCUAGAUGAAGGUUUACAGGAAUACAGAUUUUAGAAUGUCCAUGGAACUCCACACAAUAAAGUAAUUGGCAUUAGUAGAUUCUGGAUGUAAGAUCAGGGUCACAAAACAAACGUUUUUAGUUGAUGUGAUGUUAUUUAGAAGUUUGACAAAUAAAAUUCUUAUGUUCUAAUUUUUAGUUAGGAUGCUAUGGAAAGUCUGCAAUUCUACAGAGAAUUUGUAAAUAUCAGAUUACUGGUAGCAACAUAUGCUGUUUGUUUUCAUUGUAUAAAUUUGGCAGUCAUUGCUGAAACAAAUUACUAGUUACAGUUUGGAAAUAGAUAACAAAAGAAUAGGGAAAGCAGCCCCAUUGUUUAACAAAGCUGAUGCAUUACGGAGAUAUACUCAGUUAUCUGUUUAGGUACAGAAAUAUCCUGGGAAGUGAUUUGUAUUCGCAACUGUUUUUGAUUAAGUUUUUACAUACUGUGACUUUUUUUAUCUAGCGACAGAUUUUUAAGAUAUUAGGCCUCUCUUUUCUUGUUGCAAAAAUGUUAACUUCAGUGAAGUUAGACUAGGGGUGAGUUUACCUACUUGUUGUAGACAUUUGUCAGAUGUUUUUGAAUGUAAAGGCUGAGAAAUAUACUUUCCUUCAGCUGCUUGAAUCUUUUUUUCUGAUCAUCUUAAAGUUGUGUUGAUUUAUUGAUAACGUAUGCUAAGUUUUGCUUGGCUU